AUGGUUCCGUCAAUGGUAGCCUUCGCCAUCUCAACCGCGGUGAUGUCUGCUGCUGCCGAUGCAGCCUCCGUUGGGGCCGCUGCUGCGUACGGGACUCAGUCGGCGCGAGACUCGGCUUGCAGCGGAGAAGGACCUGGCGGCGUCGCUGUGCACGAUGACUCGUGGUACCUGGGAGACGGCGGGUUCGCCGGGCGGCACUUGGAGGACGAAGACCGCCUUGCCGCCAAGAAGGACGAGAAAGCCUUCUUCCGAGAACGGUCGCUGUCCGUGUACGACCAGAUGAAGGAGGCCAGCAUGCUCCUGCUGGCCCAGCAGCAGCUCUUGGCCGCGGAGGAGACGCGGGAGGAGGCCUCCAAGCCUCGCUUCGUCGCCGCCGCGGGGGGAUCGAUGGCGGCACGAGCCCAGGCCGCUCGCGACCGGCAGAGGAAACGAAACGUCGUGAGGGGCUUGCUGCCAGACGCCCCGGCGGCUUCGGGUCCUGCGUCAGGAGCUGCUCCGUCGCCGGCGUCAAGGGGUGCACCCGUGCUGAUUCCUGUGGGGCCGGGCAUGCUGUCAGGGGAUAGUCUCGGGGUGGGAGGUCUGGACGAGGAGCUAGAAGAGAUCCGACGGCGGGUGUGCGUCCCAUUGGCGGCGCCGGCGGACCUCCUGGAAGACCUCGGGAUAUCCCCCGUGCGCGGCCUGCUUCUCCACGGCCCCCCCGGGUGCGGGAAGACGCUGCUCGCGAGGCGGCUCUCGGCGGCGCUGACCCCGCGCCCCCCGGCGGUCGUGUCCGGGCCCGAGAUCCUGGAGCGCUUCGUGGGCUCGUCGGAGGCCAAUAUCCGCGCGCUUUUCGACUACCCCCCGGACGUCCCCGGCGGCGACGAGUCGGAGCAGGCGGAGGCCCUCCACGUGAUCGUGAUGGACGAGUUCGACAGCAUCGGGCAGAGGCGCGGGGGCGGCGACGACGGCGGGGACCGCGUGCGCGACAGCGUCGUCAACCAACUCCUAGCCCGCAUGGACGGGUUCCAAGAGCUCGAUCGGCCUACCCUGCUCGUGGCCCUUACCAACAGGAUUGAUCUAUUGGACACGGCCCUCCUACGGCCCGGACGGUUUGAAGUGCAGGUGCACAUCCCCGGGCCCGACCAAUCAGGACGCGAGGCCAUCCUCCGCAUCCACACGCAACGGAUGCACCAAGCAGGCCGCAUCGAUGCCCCGCCGCCCCCAGACGCCGAGAAGAAGAGCGGGGACGGAUACAGCGCCCUCGUUUCGUCCCUCGCGGCCGCGACGGGCGGCUUCACCGGCGCGGAGCUUGCGGGGUUGGUGCGUGCCGCGGCCUCCUACGCGCUCGAGAGGGCUGUCGGCGGCGGGGGCGGGAGCGAGGCGACGGCGGCGGGGUGCCGUGUCACCGCCGAGGACUUCGGCCGGGGGCUGGCGGACGUGACUCGAUCAAAGUCGUCGGCACACGCGUCGGCACCAGGCGGAGCGGCGAGAAGAAAGGUCGCUGGCGCGUCGCCGGCGGCGGCGGCGAGGCUGGAGCGAGAGGGAGAGAACACGAUCGGGGCGGCAGCAGUGGUAGCGGCAGCCGAGGGGGGGGCAAGUGAGCCGAAGGCCACCGCUGCCGCGGCGACGUCGGUUUCGGCGGCUGCUGUGGCGGCGGCACGAUCGGAGGGAGAAAUCGGUGGGAGCCUGUCGCCGGAGGACCUGGCGUCUGUACAGAAGCUCUUGCUGCAGAAGACGAGCGAGAGGGAAGAGGAAGACGUGCUGCUGCUGGACGCAGCGCAGGUGGUCGCGCAGCGAAGGAAGGGCGGGGGCGGGGCGGGCGUUGAGAAGGAGGGGGUGGGGGCAAGGGCGAGAUACGGUGUUGGGGAGGGGGCGGGCGAGGAGAGAGGGGGGGGGGGCACGGUAGCAAGCUCGGCGAGCAGACAAACGAGGGUCAGGAAGUUUGAAAACACGGGGUGGUUCCAUACCUACGAGUAG